ACUUUCUCCCGAUUUCUUAACUUUCGGGCCCCGGGAGCAGAAGUAGAGCCGCCGGGCCGGGGCGGAGACGGGGUGCGGGCUUGCAGCCGCUGCGUGCCCGCGGACUUCUCGCCUGCGUCGGGCGCCCGGCCUCUCCGGCCAAGUGGGGAGCGGGCGGCGGGCGGGCAGGUGGCCCCGGGCCGCCGCGCCCGCGCCUUGGCUCUGCCCCCGGGAGCCGAGCGAGCCGCUGCUCCCUCGUGGUGUGAGGGCGGUGAUGUUUUUCCUCCCACCCACUUUUGAGUCCCCCCUCCCCCCUCGCGCGCACUCUAGCUCUCGCCACAACCUGCGAGCCCCAGACCUCGGAGGAGCGCCCCGGGGAGCUCGGAGCGCGUGCACGCGUGGAAGACGGAGCAGGCCAGUGGCCAGGAGCUUGAAUAUACCAGGCCCUGACAGUUUUGAGUGGCCUCUUGCAGUGACCAAAAUGAGAAAAAAGUGGAAAGUGGGGGGCACAAAGUGCAUCUUUUCCUUGUUGCUGUUCUUUCUUUUCCUAGAAGGAAGCAAAACAGAGCAAGUAAAACAUUCAGAGACAUAUUGUGUGUUUCAAGACAAGAAGUACAGAGUGGGUGAGAGAUGGCAUCCUUACCUGGAACCUUAUGGGUUGGUUUACUGUGUGAACUGCAUCUGCUCAGAGCUGGAGCCAGAAAGGCUAGAAACACCACAAAGCCAGGCCAGGAGGAGCUUUUGUCCGCAGCUGGCGGGAGGCUUUGAAAAUGAGAGCAGUGGUGACCCCAGCUUCAGAAAGAUAUGCCAGCCAGCUAUCCACCAACCCAGCAGACAUGCUAGUGAUGAGAAAAGGGAAGAAAAUGCUGAUUUCAUUCAGCUCCUUGGGAAUGCGUCAUUCGCUGUCUGGAAUGGGAAUGUGCUUUGCAGCCGAGUCAGAUGUCCAAGCCUUCACUGCGUCUCCCCUGUGCAUAUUCCACAUCUGUGCUGCCCGCGCUGCCCAGAAGACUCCUUACCCCCAGCGAACAAUAAGGUGACCAGCAAGUCAUGUGAGUACAACGGGACCACUUACCAACAUGGUGAGCUGUUCAUGGCUGAAGGGCUCUUUCAGAACCGGCAACCCAAUCAAUGCACCCAGUGCAGCUGUUCGGAGGGAAACGUGUAUUGUGGUCUCAAGACUUGCCCCAAGUUAACCUGUGCGUUCCCAGUCUCUGUUCCGGAUUCCUGCUGCCAGGUGUGCAGAGGGGAUGGAGAAUUGUCGUGGGAACAUUCUGAUGGUGAUAUCUUCCGGCAACCUGCCAACAGAGAAGCAAGACAUUCUUACCACCGAUCUCACUAUGACCCCCCACCAAGCCGACAGGCUGGAGGUCUGCCCCGCUUUCCCGGGGCCAGAAGCCACCGAGGAGCUCUCAUGGAUUCCCAGCAAGCAUCGGGCACCAUUGUGCAAAUUGUCAUCAACAACAAACACAAGCACGGACAAGUGUGUGUUUCCAAUGGAAAGACUUACUCCCAUGGCGAGUCCUGGCACCCCAAUCUCCGGGCAUUUGGCAUUGUGGAGUGUGUGCUGUGCACUUGCAAUGUCACCAAGCAAGAGUGUAAGAAAAUCCACUGCCCCAACCGGUACCCCUGCAAGUAUCCUCAAAAAAUAGAUGGAAAGUGCUGCAAGGUGUGUCCAGGUAAAAAGGCAAAAGAAGAACUUCCGGGCCAAAGCUUUGACAGUAAGGGCUACUUUUGUGGAGAAGAAACCAUGCCCGUGUAUGAGUCUGUGUUCAUGGAGGAUGGGGAGACCACCAGAAAAAUAGCCCUGGAGACCGAGAGACCACCUCAGGUAGAGGUGCACGUUUGGACCAUCCGAAAGGGCAUCCUCCAGCACUUCCAUAUUGAGAAGAUCUCCAAGAGGAUGUUUGAGGAGCUCCAUCACUUCAAGCUGGUGACCAGGACAACGCUGAGCCAGUGGAAGAUCUUCACCGAAGGAGAAGCUCAGAUCAGCCAGAUGUGUUCGAGUCGUGUGUGCAGAACUGAGCUUGAAGAUUUGGUCAAGGUUUUGUACCUGGAAAGGUCUGAAAAGGGCCACUGUUAGAGGAGACAGAUGGUAUUGGAUAGGAUAGAGCAAGAAAAAUCAAGCCGCAGCUGGACUGCAGGCUUAUUUUGCUUAAGUCAACAGUGCCCUAAAACCCCAAACUCAAAUGCAGUUUAUUAUUCACGCCAUGCACAGCAUAACUUGCUCCUUUAUGUGUCAGUCCUUAAACAUCUCCAAAGAGACUGGGAGAGUCUUGAAUUAUUUGUGGGAGGAAGAGGGAUAGAACACCACAGCACUGCUCUAAGUUUCUGGGAGAAUCACAUUUCUUUACAGGUUAAAGAGUAAACAAAACCCUAGGGUUUCUAUCUAGAAAGUUAUUACAGUGAAAGAAACAGGAGAGAAAUGCUUAGUAGGAGUUCUGUAGUACAGAGAAAAUAUUUGUAUGAAAUCAUACUCUUUGAAUUUUAGAAUGUCUUGUGUUUUUUUAAAAAAAUUAACACCCCAUCCUCACACAAACACACACACACGCACACACACACACACGCGCGCACACACACACACACACAUGCACACACACAGACUAAACUGCAGUCUUCAUUCUGAGGCACAGCCAGCAUAGAUUCCCCCCCUCCUUUCUCUUGCCUGGUUCCCAGGUAGCUUUGAAGUUGUGGGUACUCAGGAAGGUAAAGAAGGAAUUGUGAGCAAAAGGCUCAACCCUUAGGUCAGUGGUGUGGCUGCUAAAGUCACCGACUCUGAUGGAAGGGUGAAGAACAAAAACACUAUUUCAUGGUCGCAUUCCCUUGGAAGCGAUAAUUAACAUUUCCCUGAUGAGACCGCUUCGCUUUUCUCCCUGAACCUGUGGGGGCCCCCAUCAAAAAGUGAGAACUGGGUAAAAUCUUCGGAAACCGAAUCCACGUAAAACAAAAUAAUUAUUGAAGUAAACGGUUGGUCAGUGUCAACAAGGCAACCGUAUGUGGGUUCGAGUCAAUAGAAUUCACUGAUGAAUAGCUUGACACUCGCUAAUUUCCUUGAUGCCCUAGUUAGGUAGCCCAAAAAUUGAAGUUAAGUGAUUAAAUUCUAGAAGCUCCUUAAGAGGGCAGUUUUCUUCCUUCUCCAGUUACAGGAGCUGAUUUUGACUUUGCAGAGGGGCCCAGUCCUCCCACAUCUUCUGAAUGUUGCCUCUUCAGUUAGGAGAAUUACUGCUCCUUUGAGGAAAUGGAAAUUCUGAUAAGGAUCUUUGUUCUAAACCUUCCUACCACUCUCCUCUCAUCCACCAAGCCCAGAUCUGAAUCGUGAAUCCUAAUCCAGGCUGCUCUGAAAACUGUCUCUUUGCAGCUCAAUCCCAGAAGUAGAAGCUCUCCAUUCUGAGGCCUGGCUUUAGAAAUCAUCUUUGUGACAAAACUGAAUUCUCCACAAGGAUCUCAAGCCUGCCUCCUAGAUUUAUCCCUUCUGAGGGGCAUGAAUGAACUCUAAUGAAGACUCAGAAAUAUUAGGGGCCCAGAAAUCCUGUAUUUCCCACUCCGUGACCAUAGGGGAGAGGAACACUGGUUUCCUUACAGCAUUUGACAGCAAUCGGGCCCAGUCUUUAUGGCAACCUGGCGUAAAGGAGGCUGUUCUCCUAAAUUAGGAGACACAGGAGUGCCUCGUGGCCAGGCCUUUAUGGGAUAAGCCUCUUACCAAACUUUCCUUCAUAUUCUCCGCGGGAGAGGGUGGUAGGACAUCCAGGGGCUGAAAGGCCACAGAGCAUUAUUGCGGAGGAGGGGGACAACGGUGUUCAGCAGCUGCUGCCUCCUUCCCAGAGGUGGCAGUAUUUCCAUAGUGUGGAAACAAGUAACUGAAUCCCAAAGCAAGCGGUGGUUUCCCCUUCUGGAUGACUCACCCCAAAGCCUUCCCACCCAGGUGUUCUCUGAAAGCUCAACCAUAAGGGAACACCCAGAGAGCUUCCCUAGAUAGACUUCUGCCCCCGGGUGCUGGGACACACCUUUACAAAGUGCCGUGUGAAGCACAAGCUGGGGAGCUGUGCUCGGCCAACGUGGAAACCCAGCGUUCGGUGUCGUGUAGGCAGUGGGACGUGGGGAGAUGAGGCCAAGCCACCUGUAGUUAGGAGAGGAAUGGAUGUGGUUCUUCUUGUAUAUUUAUUUGUAUCAUAAACACUUGGAACAACAAAGACCAUAAACACCACUUAGCAGUUGUAGGCAUGUCAUAGUUAACUCGUGUACACAAGUAAGAGUAACGUCACAGUAUUAGCCCUUUACUCUUCUCACGGGACAUGUACCUAAAUAGGGUACUUAUUUAUGUAGUCGCUGUAAUUCUGGAUUUUUAAAUUAAUAAAAAGGUGAAUUUUGAAACAUCA